AUGAAUGAUCGAGCGGUAGAUGAAUCAGAGAAGGAGGAGUUUGAUAAAACGAUUUUAAAAGAUGGAGCUGGUUUUCUCGUUGAGCUUGUCAGACUAAUUGAAGAGCAUAAAGAUGCGGAUGUUACACGUGAACAAUAUUUAUCAAUCAAAAGUAAAUUAGAAUUGUUCGCUGGAACAGCAGAAAAAAUAGGAGCUGACGAACGAUUUACAACUGAUGCUACGUAUGCCUAUGAAAUAUUUUAUUUAUAUUUUAAUAUUCUGUAUCGAUCUGGUUUUAAAAGCUAUUUAAAACGCACUCAGUUGGCAGAUAAUUUGAAAUUAAUAUACGAAAAGUGUAUUAUUAUAAUUCUUGACAUGACAUGUGUGGCCGUUCGGGAUGCAUAUUUAACUAUAAAUGAUUUAAAAGAAACACUUGAUCAUCAUGAAUUACUGCUUUUAAUGUUGAAUUAUAUCAAUACAGAUUUAGAAACGGAUUUGUCUUCUACCUACUCUGAAGUAUCAUGUACAAUUUUAAGAUUUCUAUGGGCUUAUUCUGAUAAAACAAUUAUUACGCCAAACUUAAUCAAAGCCGGCUAUCCAGAAGACGUGAUAAAAUGGUUAAAAUUAACAUUCAGCUAUCGCUUUCAUGAUGAAGAUGAUACAGUUACGGGUGAUAAUAAUAAUUCUUCCUUACUGCAUGGCUAUGCUGCGGAUAAACUUCAAAUUUGGUCAAAUUUAAAAUUUGUUCGGACAAAAGUUAAGUUUAAAGUCUGA